AUGUCAGCAACCCCAGAGAAUUCGUCGGCCGGCACGGCGUCCUCAGACAUACCAACCCCGCCACCUCCAGCCAACGGCGAAGACGAGGCGCUCGAAUGGAGCAAAGUCAUCGAGCUCAAGGCUUUUAGCGAGCGGAAGAAUUGGAUUGAAGACAAGAUUAAGUUACUGGAACAAAUGCCCCCGGUUGAGGUUUUCGUCGGCAUGGACGCUAUAAAGGAGUCUGCCGAAGUCGUGCCUGGACUACCUACGCGCCAACAACUCGAACAAUGGCUUGUCGAGCAUGACGCAAUCGAGAAGGAGACGGAGGUUUUCGACAAGGGGGAAUUGCAGACUAUCAGGAAAUUCACGAAAGCCGCGACGCAAAGAAAUCUAUCCCCCGCAGACACUGACCUGAUUGAACUGACGCUGACGACUAUUUACGACCUCGACAAACUGCUACAUUUACUGCGCGACCGUUCAGAGAACUUUGAGCUUCUCAACCAGCGUCUGAGAUGGGAAGAGUUCCGCUCAGCGGCCUGGGUUGACCGGCGUACCAUUAUUUCUGACCUCAAAACAUUUUUGGACAUACGCGCACAUUGGACACCUUCCGUUUAUGAAGAAGCAACACCCACAUCACCACCCCCUUCAACCUCCAACCGACGCGGCUCUCUUACCUCCCUCGCUUCCUCAGUCGCUUCCGAGUCUUCAUUAUCCUCCAAUGGCUUCUCGCGAAGUGCGCGUUUCAAGUUAGCAGAAGUGCUUUCUCGAGAUGCAGCGCAAUUCUCUGCCCGAAUAACGUCCCUCAGACACAACAAAAUCGCUUCUGCAGGCAAGGUCCUUGAUAAGUUAAUAGACUCCAGCAGAAAACCCGUGCCCGAGGAAAUAUUAGACGAACAGGAUCGUCUCGAAGAAAAGGGAAUUUCCGACCUCGAAAAUGUGGGUAAAUUUGUUAUGAGUGCGGUGAUGCAAUGGAGAAAGGCUGAUGAAAUCUACGUCGAGUCCAUGAAAGACCAGGUUGCCGCGCAGGCAUUGUGGGAUGAGAUCGAGGCGGCAAAAUUCCAACACCCCACGGCUCGACAAAGCGCGUCCUUCGCUACCCGUGCCGAGGCCUUGUUGAAACGACUCGUUCUUCGCGGUGAUCCGGCUUCUCCCUCGAGUGCAUUUCCCCGCCCAGCACAUGUUCUUUUCCCGGAAUACGCGUCUGCAAACGAGGACGUGGUUCAAACACUUUCGUCCGAAAUUGCGACUGCGCUUGAACUUGUGCGCAAAGCAGAGACCAGCGCAAAGGAGUAUCGUCUCAAUUACGAAGCUGUCCACCGUGUUGAAACUUUGGUGGAAACCGCUGCUGCUGCAUCCAGCACCUUUACCUCCAUAAUCGAACGACUUGAAAAAGGUGUUUCGACUACCGAUGGAGAUGGGACGCCUCCGAAUCUCAUGUCAGACGCCUGUCUGGAGCCAACGCGCCAUGCUGCUUUUCUUGCGCUCUUGCCGUCUAUCAUUAAAGAGUCCGAGACCACCACGGAAACGGCAGUCCAAGUGUUACGCAACUCUCGAGGGGCUCUUCUUAGUCUUGAUCGCCCGGGCAUAGAUCCUGCAUUCAAAAGUAGCGCAGCCGCUGAAUUCCAAAAGCUGUCUGGGCUGCGUGGGCAGGCUCAAUGGACCCGCGACGAUGUAGUUGCGCGAGUUGGUCGUCUUCGCGAGGCAAGACGCAUCUGGAAUAUUAUGGAGGACAAUCUCAGUGAACUCGAGGUUAUCCGACGAGAGCUUGGAGAAGCUAUGGAGCGUCAUCGCUGGCAGCAAGACCUUAAUACCAACAGUUUCCCACCGACACCAGAAAGUUUCUCCGCGCCGCUCCCUUCUGAUAACCCACCAGCAGAAUCAGUCAAGCGCCUAGAUGAGUUGGACGGGAAACUUGUUCAGGAAGUCGAUGCCCCCCUGGCCAGCCUAGCCAAGACGUUGGAAGCUCCUUUGAAUGAACGACUUUUGCGUGGCUCCUCUGGGUUAAAGCAAUUCCUCCAACAAGUUCGACAGAUGGCCGGCUUGCUUGAAUCGGUAAAGAAUCAAGCCACCGUCAUGGGUGUUGUUCGCGACGAUUACCAUGGACUGCAAACCAGACUUGAUGAACUCAAGGCUCGUGUCGAUGCCGGGAUCCAGGACGUUCUGGCUUCACAACUUGUCGACCCGCAACUGAAAGAUUUUGAUCUGCAGCUCGGCACGGACAUUAAAGUCGCUCAUUCCGAUAUCAAGGCCUUCCAGAACGGGCUAUCCCAGCGAGUCCCUUUGGUAUCAAUUGGAACACGCACGCGCACAACGUCUUUCGUAAAACGUCGUUUUUCGUCAACCGACCUCAAACUAGUCGCGUUCGACAAUUCAUCCACAGUCGAACUUCCCUUUGAUCUCCACAAUCUCGACGAUGCAGUUCGCACGGACUCGAACUCUUAUGUGAUGAAGCUUGGGGGUGAUUUGGACGUAUUAGAUCAGCAAGCAAAUCACUUCCGUCUUGCUAUUAAAACGAAAGAGGUGGAUAUGGCUCUUGCUGGAGUUAUUAGUAACACCAAUAAAGCCGUUUCCCAACUCGCUGCUCUCAAAAACUCACUUCACACCAUUCAAUCCCAGUCUGACAUCUCCCAACCUCUCUCAGAUCUCUCCACCCGCGCCGAGCACGUGACUUCGGAAUAUCGCAUUACCAUUAGCCGCGCUCUCUCACCCAUCCGCGAGCUAUUGAAAGAUAUGGAGGCUUCUCCGGGGGUCAAUGAUCCGUCUGUGCACGAAAGCUUAUAUCUAGCUCGUUUGCAUUCACUAAACGAUGUUGAACUGCGAUUCCAAGGAUGGCUCGAAAAUAUGACAGCUCUGUCGACCCAGAUCGAGGAAGCCAGACGUGCUGAAGAACAGCGUCUUGAAGCUGAGCGUCUACGCCUUGCCACUGAAGAGGCUGAACGGGCUCGUUUGGAACGUGAACGGUUGGAGAAAGAGGAAGCUGAACGAAUCAGAGAAGAGCAAUUAGCUGAACAGCGACGACAAGAGGCUGAGCGUGCGAGAAUUGCAGUGGAGGAGGCCGAAAAGGCGUUGAUUGCACAACAAGAGGCUGAGGAGGAAGAGCGUCGGAAGGCCGAGUUACUCAGACUGGAGGAAGAGCGACGACUACAAGCUGAACAGGAGCGAUUGGCUGCCGAAGAGGCUGAACGCGCCCGGUUAGAGCGGGAGAGGCUAGAUAUGGAGAUCAAGCUGAAGCUUGCGCAAGAGCAACUUGCGGAGGAGAGAAGACUGCAGGCCGAAAAGGAGCUGCAUGAUCAACAAGUGAGGGAGGCAGCGGAAAGGGAACGACUGGAGCAAGAAAAGAGGCUUCAAGAGGAGAGGGAUCGACAAGCAGCUCUGGAAAAAGAGGAAUUAGAGCGCGAAUCGCGACAGCGUCAUGAGAUGGAAGUCAAACUCAAGUCCAUUGAGGAGCAGCUUGCAACAGAGCGCGCUCUUAAUACCGAGCUCGCCGCAGAAGUUGAUCGCGAGGCGAAGAAAAAGGGCAAGGCAAGGGCUGAGCCUAUGGAUCAUGAUGUCUUUGGGUUAACGUUGCGCGCUGUGUCGUCCAAUGGAACUCAAUUCCAAUCAGCUGAAAUGAACGAAUUGCAGAACCGCAUAUUUGCCUUACGAAAACGUCUUCGUGCGCUCAGCAUUGAAGGAUUCGCCACCUCGACUUCGUACCUCCCAUCUGGGGACGAAACCUCCCAGGUCAUAAACAGCUUCCUGCUGCUCAACGAUGAAAUCUCUUCUCUUCCUCAAAAUGCGGAGGACCCUUCUGUCGAGAUGGAGCUUGCUUCCCUAAGGGCGGAAGUUGCAAAAGCGUCACAGCUUGUUGGGCAUCUACAAAACCUGGUCAAGUUUAUGGCAGAACUCAAAGCCUGUGAUGCUGCUCUCAGUGACCUUCUGGAGCACGUAGACACAUAUCCCAGCCCUCCUCUCACCUCUUCAAGCAGCUUUCAAAAUCCUGUGCAUCUCUCUGCUGAAGAUCAACUCAAAGCACGGCUUGAGUUCACUACUUCUUCCAUCGCUCUGGUAACGGCUGCGUUUGGCGCGGUGCAACAUGACCAACGGGCCAUCGGAGAGCACGAUCGUAUCCAACAAACAUGGGUUGAGCUCGAGGAAAUGGCGAAGGACCGUAUUCAUGGCAGACGGUCGCGGCCACCAAGCGUCAGCAGUUCUGGAAGAAACAGUAGUGCGUCCCUCAGGAAAUCACCUACCAAGUCCUCUUCAUACUCUGCCCUCUCCGUUGGAUCUCCGACUGCAUCUUCAUCGCAACGGACCAGAAGUCGUCUGGUUCCUCCCCAACCUGCAAAUGGCUCACGUCGAUCAACUUAUGGCACCGAACGGAGUCGACCACCAAGCCAACUGUCUAAUGUGUCUUCAAGUCGCUCAACCUCUGGACCCAUCAUGCAUGGCACAACUUUUGCGUCACGCCAGCGGACAACUAGUUUGACUCGGGGAAAGCAAGAGCCUCCUCGCCGUGUUUCGGGCACUUCCCAUAUCCACCGCACGGCUUCUCCGACAACAUCUGAAGCUUCCUCAUACUCCCGAUCGGUCUUAAGUCCCUCAAGGGCAUCAUCAACGUCGACAUCAACGUGGUCGCGAACACCAAGAUAUUCGUUGCCAAGUUUGCCUAAAAAUGCUACGCCGCAGCGUAAAGCUGCACCUCCUCCCCGAAAGAAAUAUAUUCCCAACCCGAAAAGCAAACUAGAUGUCGCUGUUGGAGAGGUUGUAAACAAACUACCUGUCGGUAUCAGCAUCGAAGGAGUUUCUGAUAGCUGGAAGGAUCAAAGUGGGAAGUAUUGGAUCGGCGACCAAGACCCAAAACUUUGUUUCUGCCGUAUCCUCCGUUCCCAAACAGUCAUGGUCCGAGUCGGUGGUGGUUGGCAAGAAUUAUCAAGAUUUAUCCAGGGUCAUUUUGCUGACAGUUUCCGUUUAUUCGAAGAAUCUCCUCCUCGGCCUGGUGGGGCGGAGCCCAAAUGGAUUAGCUCAGCCACUCUUAUUGAAGCUGCAGAACAUGAAACUCCUCCACAAUCGCCACGAACUCCUGAACCACAGAUUCUACCGACUUUUUCCUUGAUGACUCCCAGCGGUCAUAGUCCGCAUUCGCUCAAAUCCUCACCCUCGACAAAAGGCGGCUCGCCUUUGACCCCGCUUCAGUUUAUGCGGAGAGCAGAGCCGGAGACUCUGCCAUUGCCAACUCCUAGUCCUUCAAAGUCACAUGCGCGGUCACGAACUAUCUCUACUACGCCUGCUGCUGCUAACCGCACUUCGAUAUGGCGCCCAUAG